AUGGGAGAAAUUAGCAUUGACCAUGACAAGAAACCGGUACUUGGAUUAGAGAAUAAGAUUGAAGAAUCGAGGGUUCUGAUUUCUUCACUUUGGGUGAUUUCAUGGGCUAGGCCUGGAAGAGUGAUUUGGGCUGAAGAGUGCUGGAAGGCUUCCGAAUUGCGGUUGAAGUCUUGGGAUGACCUCAGUAAGCUGUGGUAUGUUUUGUCAAAGGAGAAAAACAUGUUGAUGACUCAGCGCCAGAUGCUUCAUGCACAAAAUCUUCGGUUUCCUAAUCCAGAGAGAAUUCCUAAAGUGAGCAAGUCAAUGUGCCGUAUCAAGCAUGUACUUACAGAGAAGGCAAUUGAAGAAUCUGAUCCGAGGAGGUCUGCUGAGAUGAAGAGGAUGAUAAAUGCUUUUUGAUGGCUU